AAAUUCAUUACUUUCAUGGUUUUAGUAAGCUGCCUAGGCUUUGAUUAGUUUUAAGUAUAUUCUUUAUUUCUUUUAGCUAGGCGAAAGUUCUACAACCCAUCCAACUCCCUGGCUUACUGUGUCUCCUGCUGCCACCUUCACUUUGAAGCAGAGAUACCAUUAUUUUAAGUUUAUCUCAAGUUGUUGCUGAUUAUUCACUUUUUCUGGAGACUUUGGUGUCAACUACACCUGCUCCUCUGUGAAAUUUCACUAAGCAAUCACCUGGAAAUCUCCUGUACUAUUUGCUAUUUGUUGAGAUGGCCACCAAGCUGUCUGUCAUUCCACUGCUUCUCCCAGAGGAUGAGCUACUGUGCUCCAUCUGCCAGACGCUCCUAAGCAAUCCUGUGACUACACCAUGCGGACACAACUUUUGCAUGAGGUGCAUCAGGGAACACUGGAAAUGGACCAAUUUAACUGUUUACUGCCCCCACUGUCGCACAAAGCUCCCCUCAAAGCCGGAUCUGAAGACCAACACCGUUCUCAGUGCAAUCAUGGAGCAUGUUAAGAAGGUGUGGACAGAGUCUAAGGAUUUUUCAGUUCCAGAGGAGAAAUCGAUCAGCUGUGACAUCUGUGAGGAGGGAAGGGAGCUGUCUGCAGUUAAGACCUGUGUGACAUGCUUGGCUAACUUUUGCACUGUUCAUGCAAUACCCCAUAAGAAUAGCCAGGCACUUGCUAAACACUGCCUUUGUACACCCGUGUCUGACAUCCAGGAUCUGCUGUGUAAGAGGCAUAACAAAGUGCUUGAAGUGUUCUGCAUGAACCAUGGGGCUGCCAUUUGUUGGCAGUGUACAGCAAAACACCACAAAUGCAACACGCGCUCUGUGGAAGUAAUGAGGACAGAAUGGAAGGCUGCAAUUGAGCCAGUGGCAACGGAAGCACAGGACAGAGAGGAUGCUACUAGUGAACUCUUAGAAGCCUUGAAUACUAUGUCAGAGGGUAUAAUGGGUGCUUCAGAAAGUAUGAUUGAAGAUGUACAGCUCUGUUUUGAAGAGCUGAUAAACACCAUUAACCAUGCCCAAAACAGAGCCAUAUCCUUCAUAGAAGCAGAGAAAGAGGGAGCUCUCCAAAAAUUAGGACAGCAGAAGAAACGGUUGGAUGAUCACAUGCAUUCCAUUUCACUGAUCAAGGAUAAGAUUGAUGAGUACAUAAACAAUGAUUCCUACUUCAAUUUUCUCCUGCCUUUACCACUACUACCUCCAGAGGUUGGUCAGCUGCAGGACAUUCAGCUGGAUGGACAAGCUGUAGAGAGGAUGAAAUCGGAUCUUCGCCAACUUAACUAUAGUCUGGAAACUAAUCUCAGCACCAUGCUGCAGAGAAGAGAAGAAAUACAAGAGAAAGAUUUGGCAUCAGGUGACUUCAGAUUUGUCUUCGGCCAAAGCAAACGGCGCUCCAACCUUCUUAAAUAUUCCAGCAGAUUGACCUUUGAUCCAGUGACUGCGAGUGCCUCGAUGCUUUUCUCUGAGGAUAACCUGGCUGUUACAGUAGAGCCCAGUGGUCUUCUGACCUGGAAAGACUACCAGGUAAACAAAGAGAUAGGCUUUAGGGUGCUGUGCUCUGAAGAGUUCACCAUAGGGCAGCACUACUGGGAGAUUCAGCCACCACAGGAUGAUGAAGAUUGCAACUGGGCCGUGGGUGUGACGUAUAAAAACAAAGACCCUUACCAGUGCUUGGGUCAAGACAGCAGCUCAUGGUGUGUCAGGUGGCAGAACAACAGGGAAGACAAGGAUGAUGAGCAGAUGGUUAUCCUUAUAGAAGGAACAACAAAUGAAGAAGCAAUAUUACCAAAGUCACCGGCCAAAAAAGGUGCUGUAAAACUCAAGAUGCCGAAAUUAGAAUCAAAGAAUUGCAAAUCUGCAGCAUUUCUUAAAAAAGAUAAGGGCCAGGAAGUUCUUCUACAGGACAAGCGCGAAAGAGAUGGAAAUCAAGCGCUAGUGGAGAUGGCAGAAGAAGAUGAGAAAGAUUUAGAGUUAGCAGAGGAAAACAAAAGUACUGUAACAACUAUGCAAAAGGAUAAAAAUAUCCCCAAACACUGCAGCACUGGAUUCUUUAGCUCUCAUAACCAGGAGAUGAACCUGAUCUCCCAGAAGCCCCCUGGGAAGAUUGGUGUGUUGUUGGACUAUGACCGAGGGUGUCUGUCAUUUUACAUGGUGUCUGACUUUAAGGUCAAGCUCUGCUGCAAGUUUCAGGCUGUGUUUUCUGCUCCUCUCUGCCCCGCCAUAUGGCUCAGAGAUCCAGAGAGCACAAUGAUUAUUAGCAAAUGACACAAAAACAAUGUUGCAGCAGUUCUAGCUGCAAAGAGAAUUAUUCAAAUGCAGUAAUACUAUAGUAGGAAGUUCACAGAUAUGGCGAGCACCACACAUCAAAAGAAAUAAACUUGUGUAAUGGAUAAAA